AUGAGUGACAAUGAAGAGGAGACCACAUUUCUACAGAGAGGCGCUGAGCAUGCCAACAGCCAUGAUGUGUUUUGUGCACUGUUUGCGAUGGACGCAUCGCAGAAUCCCAGUACAGAAAUGGCGUGUGAGAGCCAUCAAGCAGAUUCGUCUGAGGAGGGGCGGGAAAAGCCCAUUGGUUGUGAAAGAGGUUUCCGGAAACGGAAGGACACCAUCGUUCACCAAAACAUUCUUCCAGGUGAGAAGCCGUUCAUCUGCGUUGAGUGCGGGCAGAGCUUCAAGCGGAGUUCGGACCUGGUUAGACAUCAUCUGAUCCACACGGGAGAGAAACCGUACUCGUGCGGGGAUUGCGGGAAGAGCUUCAACCGGCACUCCCACCUCAUCCAGCACCGGCGGAUCCACACGGGGGAACGGCCGUACAAGUGUCAAGACUGUGGGAAGACCUUUAGCCAGAGCACUCACCUGGUCCACCAUCAGCGCAACCACACUGGAGAGAGGCCGUAUGUGUGUGGCAAGUGUGGGAGGCAUUUCUACCAGAACUCAGGCCUCCUUCGGCACACCAACUGCCACUUGGGGCGGAAGCCAUACCGGUGCGCCGACUGUGGGAAGUGUUUCACUGACAACUCCAACCUGGUGGCUCACCAGAGACUGCACACGGGUGAAAAGCCGUACAGAUGCUCAGACUGUGGGAAGUGCUUCAGAGAGAGCUCCAAGCUCUCUGUCCAUCGCCGAACCCACACAGGAGAAAAACCUUACAAGUGCUCGGAGUGCGGGAAAAGCUUCAGCCAGGGUUCACAUCUCAUACAGCACCGCCGGACCCACACGGGUGAAAAGCCCUUCCAGUGCACCGAAUGCAGGACCCGGUUCAGCGACAGGUCCACCCUCAUCAGGCACCAGAGGACCCACACAGGGGAGAAGCCGUUCCAGUGCGGACAGUGUGGUAAGAUCUUCAGUCGCAACGCUUAUCUUGCUGCCCACCGGAGGGUGCAUAAGUGGUAG